AGAAAAAACACGCACACCUUUUAGCUCCUUCACCAAAUCAAACGAUCCCCCAAAAAGCUCCCAAAUCGCAAUCAUGGGCUCCUCUGACGGCGAUUGCCCGUCGCAAUCCCACCAGCAGCACGUCGUCGUAAUGCGCCACGGAGAUAGGCUGGACAACUUCGUCCCCCUCUGGGCGGCGUCGGCGCCGCGCCCCUGGGACCCGCCCCUAGUUGACGACGGCAAAAUCCGAGCGUUCGGAACCGGCGAGAGGUUCCGGAGGCAGCUGGGUUUCCCGAUCCACCGCGUAUUCGUCUCCCCCUUCCUGCGCUGCCUCCAGACCGCCGCCGAGGUCGUCACGGCCCUCUGCGCCGUCGCAAACAAUUCCGACGAUCCGAACGAUGUGACCUCGAACGGCGUCGUUAUUGAUCCGUCCAAGGUGAAGGUCUCAAUCGAAUGCGGGUUGUCUGAGAUGAUGAACUCAGUGGCUAUCCGAGAUUCCGUGUCUCCAAAAGAUGGGAUUUUUACCUUUUCCAUCUCAGACUGCGAAGCUGUUUUACCUGCCGGAACAAUUGAUAAAACCACUGAAAUGGUUUACAAGGAGCUUCCUCGAUGGCAGGAGACAGUAGAAGGUGCCAGGGCUAGAUAUCUUGAAGUCAUCAAGACUCUUGCUAACAAAUAUCCUUCAGAGAAUUUGCUGCUAGUAACACAUGGGGAAGGAGUUGGAUCUGCUGUUUCUGGUUGCUUGCCAGAUUUUAUGGUAUGUGAAGCCGAUUAUUGUGCGUAUUCAGUCUUGCGUAGAUCCAUGGCUCUGGGUGAAAAUCAUUCGUUUACUGUCUUGGGGUCUCCCAAAGGUCUGUCUGGUAUUUCAUUGAUUAGAGUACCUGAAGAAGCUGCUCAAAGCUCCGUUUAAACCGAGAACCAACAUUUGUGCUCAUUUAUCUGUCUUCUUGAAGCAUGAACCGCGCAAUAAUAAUAAUAAUAGCUUAAUAAAUAUGUUAGGAUUAGAAACUUCAUUUGUGUGUGAAAGCCUUUCGAAGAUUUGUACCAAGCAUUAGAUCUCGAAAGCGCCAAAUGUUGCAUUUUCUUACUGUUCUGGGAAAGCCAAAAAAAAUAAAAAAUAAAUAAAUA